UUGGUGCUUUAUGUCGGUGGGUGCAUGUUAUGGAACAUCAGGAGGUAGAGGAAGCGUGUGAAAGACAGAUGGUCACUCAGUGGAGAUGUUCCUUUUUCUUCUCCUGGCACAUACUCCCUCUUGGAUUCUGUUUCCCUAUGUUGACAGUAAUCCAAAAUGUUACCUGAUGAUAAACUAUUUUUCUUCUUCUUUUCCCUCUUUAAAGACUACCAGUUUGACAAGGCAACUUUUCUGCCAAUCAAGAUCUCUUUUUAAUUUUAAUCUUUUUUUUUCCUUCCCACAGAUCCUUUGUUGAUGCCUUUCAAUUUUGAUUUCAUCACAAAAAAAUUCCAUAUAUUCUUCCCACAGAUACUAUAGCAAUCUAUACAUAUUUAUUUUUCUUUUUUCAUUUUAGUAAUUAUUGUAUGAAGAGAAAAAAAACAUUUACUGUAGAUUUUGUGGCUAUUUACUAAUUAUUUUACCUGGUGCAUUUCUAGUGUGUUAACUAGAUUAGCUAUUACAAACAUUAUUUUUGAGCAUGUAUACAGUCUUAAGUUUUUUAUUCACUGGAGUGCCCACUCUUCUGGGGUUAAUUCUGUUCUGGUGCCCCUUGUUGGUUACAAGUCAGAAUGACACUGAGCCUAUUGUAUUGGAAGGUAAAUGUUUAGUUGUCUGUGACUCAACACCAUCUUCUGAACCAGCAAAUAAUGCACUGGGCAUGUCAGUACGCUCUGGCACAGGGCGGGUGGCCUUUUCUGCCACCCGCCAAACCAACCAUGAACCUACAGAUAUGAGCAAUCGUACCAUGAUCGUCUAUUUUGACCAGAUAUUGGUGAAUGUGGGUGGUCAUUUUGACCAGGAGAGCAGUGUCUUCUUGGCCCCAAGGAGAGGGGUGUACAGCUUUAACUUCCAUGUAGUGAAAGCUUACAACAGACAGACCAUACAGGUGAGCUUGAUGCUAAAUGGAUGGCCAAUGAUUUCUGCCUUUGCUGGUGACCAGGAUGUAAGCAGAGAGGCAGCGACUAAUGCUGGAUUGGUGAUUAUGGAAAGGGGUGACAAGGCCUACCUGAAACUGGAGCGAGGCAAUUUAAUGGGGGGCUGGAAAUAUUCCACUUUCUCAGGCUUUUUGGUUUUUCCCCUGUAAAAUAAUUACACAUUAUAAAAAAAUUAUUUAAAAAUGUUGUAUAGGAAACAGAUACAGUGGGAUAAAAUGUAUACUGUAUAUAAGUAAGCACGACUAGUCUUACAUUAAAAUAAUACGUUUGUAAUUAUUUAUAAGACAGUCUAUACAACCUGAUGUUAUAUUUUACCAGAGAUUAAAUUAAAUUAUAUAUCAAAUUUUAUUGAAACAAUUUAAGCAAGAUUAUUAAAGAGUAACUAUUAUGCAAAAUCCAUGUUUUAAUCAUUUUUAGACAUUUAGAUGAAUCUCCAGUCUGUGUGAACACAAAAAAUAUGAGAUUUAUUAUUAUUUUUAGCUAGGUUAAGCUUUUAGGUAUGUUUUGACUUUUAUAUUACUAAAUAUUGUAAAUGAGAUUGAGAAUUAGUUAUAUUUAACCCUUUUUUGCACUUAAGAAAUGCAGGUGAGGAAAGGGGGCACAUGAUACACAAACUUGGAUUUUUCCAGUCUCUACAUUUUGAUUCACUAGGAAAAUAUACAUUUGAAAUAUACAUUUGGGGCAGCUUAUUUAAAACUAUAGAGACUGUAACAGCAUGCAGGUUUUUAGUUAUUUUUCAGCUUGAGCAUCAAGACAUUCAUUUCAGAGUCUUCUAAUUGUUACGCAGACUUAAAAAAGAGUAUAAUAUGUGACCUUAAAAACAUUACUAAGAAGUAGGGCAAUUUAAAUUGGCUCAUUUACAGUAAAUUCAGUUCAGUGCUGUGCAAAAGUCAAAUUUGCACAAAUAAAGGAUAAAGGAUAAUGAUAAAGAGACUUUUGUCAUUGUAGUGAUAUAAGGGAAUUAGUUUGGUACUGUAGCUCUUAGAGACCAGCAGCAAUAGGAAAUGUUGGAGUA